CUUCAAAGCGUCUCAGGUGUGGGAUAGAACCCGCGUCCACACAUCUACAACAUACACACAACCACGAGUGAGAAACCGACGCCGAAAAUAGCAGUUCGGCUCAAGAUGGCGACUGUACACGUCCUCGACGACUAUUACCUGGCCAUCACGGCGCUCAUCACAGUUGCAUAUCAGCUGUUUUUCUUCUCGAUAGCCUUCAGCUUCAAGUUCGACAAACUCACGGACUUCGCCGGCGGCACAAACUUCGUGGUUCUCGCCAUAAUCACCCUCUCCCUCAGCGGCCAUGCCCACGCACGCCAGGUCGUCGCCUCCAUCUUCAUCAUGCUCUGGGGCGCCCGCCUCUCGGCCUUCCUCUUAUUCCGCAUUCUCAAGACGGGCAAGGACGACCGCUUCGACGACAAGCGCGACAAGUUCUUCCCCUUCCUCGGCUUUUGGAUCUUCCAGAUGAUCUGGGUCUGGACUGUCUCGCUGCCCGUAACCGUGCUUAACUCUCCAAACGUCACGCGGUACCCGCAGCACGCCUUCGGCACGGGCCGCGACGUCGUCGGUGUUAUCUUCUUCGCCGUCGGCUUCGUCAUGGAGUCUGUCAGCGACGCGCAAAAGUACCGCUUCCGCCGGGACAAUCCGAGCCGGGAGGCCAUCUGCGACAAGGGCUUCUUCAAGGUCUCAAGGCAUCCGAACUACUUUGGCGAGAUCCUCAUCCAGUUCGGCAUCUACAUGAUCGCCGUGUCCUCCGCCGCGGACGGCUACGUCGGCGGCCAGGCCUUCAAGGCUCUCUACGCCACCAUACUCGGCCCCUUCUUCCUGACGCUGCUUCUCAUGUUCGUCUCGGGCCUGACGCUGCAGGAGCGGCCCGGCGCCAAGAAGCGCUACGAGAACGGCCAGAACUGGGAGGGCUACCGGCGCUACCUCGAGCGCACCAGCAUCCUGAUCCCCUUCCCGCCGCAGUUGUACGCCCGCCUGCCGACGGUCCUGAAGCGCACCGUCUUCCUCGAGUUCCCCAUGUACGUCUUCGACCCGGCGAAGCACUCCGACGCCGGGGCCCGCGCCGAGGAGGGCCACCAGCACGAGUCCAUUGCCAAGCCGGGAAACGGGAGGCCGAGCGGUGAGGAGUCGCUUGUUGGGCAGUCAUCGUGAGCUUGGCUUAGAGGGUAUAUUACGUAGGAACUAAUACGCGACGGGCAGAACAGGAUGAACGAAGUCUUGACAAAUAGACCAUGGAUUAAUACGCUAUUUCAAACACUCUUAAUUUCCCUUUGGAAAAGCAUGUUUACAUAUUACCUCCUGUUUUGUAAGCGACAUGAUGUUAACAGUGUAUUGAUUCAUGGUCUACUUGCUGAUACUUCAUUCCCACCUGCCUACUAGCUUAUACACUACUU